AGAGGUCAGUAGUGCAGUUUAGCCACGGUAUAAGAGCGGCCCCAACAUCGGUGACUCCGUUAAAGUAGUCGAACGUUGCACGGUGUCACCAUGAACAUAGUACUGCAGGUGGUACCAUUUUUCCUAGCGGCACGUGUGGAGGUGGAUCUCCCCUGGAUGUACGGGCCCGUGUACACGUUCGAGGUUCAAGUAAACUCGACGGGGAUCCCCGAGGGUGGCUACACCAGCGUUCGACUGAACAUGGCGUCGAAGCUUAUUUGCCAGCCGAAGAGCCACAACCACCACGUGCUCAGCUGCCAUUUCAGCGACUCGAAGGCGAACAGUUUCGUCACAGAGGUCCUCGAUCCAACCAUACCAGGGCAACCGACGAGUCCUGUGAGCCGGCAGACAGCCUACGAGAUGUACCCCGACCAAUUCGAGAUCAAGUUCACGGAGCAGGGUAUAGACAGCCUCGUCGUCAACGAGAACAUUCAACCAAGGGAACUGGACAUGAUUCGCGUGGUCGUCGAUCAGCUAAAUAUCGGAGCACUGACGGAUGACUACGCGGAUGCAUUCGAAGCGAUGGAGAACUAUACUCAGGGCGAAUGCCAGACUAUCUUCAGGAUCACCAGGAACGCCAUUCAUCGCGAGUUGGACGAGGAUCGAGAAUACGUUCUGGAAACUGUCUAUGGGCUGUCGGAGGAUCAGUUGCUGCAGAUCAGGAAGAUAAGGAAUCUGCAUAUGUGCUUGCAUAAUGUACCGUACUUCUUUGGUAGCGCGGAUACUACCAGGCGAUACAGGGAUGUUAUGUCCACUGCUAGCUCAUCCGAGAGUCACAUAGUGGUCACGUCCUCGGAGUUCAUGACUGGUACCAGGAACGUGGUGACUAUCAACAGAGUAUACGAAGGAACGACCCUCUACGAGAACAUAAACCUAAGGCUAUACUCUGUGGAGCAAGCAAGAGACUUGCCACCAGAAGUGAAGGACCCCGAACCAACCAGUAUAUUCAUUGGAGGAUGGUCGAUGGAAAACUCGUACUACGGUGGUGAUUUCUCUAUGAUGUCCUAAUCGAGCCCACGGAAUUGCUUCAUCCUCAUCGCCAUAAAAAUUCAGCUAUUCGCAUCGACAGUGAUGGCAAAGGAAUCCGUGGAUGGAAACGAGACUCGUGGAGAUUGCUUUGGUAACACUGUUCCUGCGAAUAGGGUUACAACUGUAUUGUUAUACGAUCCUGUACAUAAUAAAGAGACUUUUCAUUUCUAUAAGAAAACGUUGUUUGGUUUGUUAUUCUCUUAAAGUGGUAAUAGGAACAGGUGGUAGUCAUUCUGAGAGCAGGUGUUGAGUCACCAGGCGAGGUUUUGUUUUUAAUUUUAAUUGUUUGUGAUUCGUAGCCUGGAGGCUAGUGAGACCGAUAAAAGUUGAUUAGAGGUAAACGUUUCUGUUUCUGUUUUCAAUCUUUUAUUCUACUGUUUGUUAGAGAUAUAUUACAGCUGUUGUUUGCUAUGUUUCAGGUGUUCAGGUGAUGGUGAUCCAAUCAAGAGGAUCGAAAGUGUUUCUAAGCUUGUGUAGGUUAACACUUUGCGCUCGAGGCAUUUUUCUAUAAAAUCAAAUCCGGUCCAUUUUUAUAAUAAAUUUCUGUAAAACCAAAAACUCUACUUCGAGAAGAAACAUCUACGAACAUUCAUGACUCAAUGCAUUAUUAUUUCAAUUCAUAAUUAACUGUAUUCCAAUAUAAGUAAAAUUGAAAGUGUACGUUCAAAAAAAUCACUUUUAAAUUACAUAUGUCGCCCUAGAGGCGCCACUCGAGCGCAAAGGGUUAUUAAUAAGUUACAGAUAAGUACAGUUCUGUGAGAAGCUUUAUAACGUCACGGAUUUGUGUCUGUACCUUAGAAUAAACCAUGCAAGGAUGGAUUUUUAGAAGCUUAAGAUUCUAAGUCACUUAACUAGAGUUACAUUGUCCAUUUCUACUCGAAAUAUUACAUUUCUACAAUUUUCGGUCAACUAACCAUUGAAUUAUAAGCCCUUUUCCUCCUAGAGAUCCUUCAGAUGGAAGAAACCUGUAAACAAUUUUAAAUUAAGAAUUAAUCCAAGGAAAAUCUAAACUGUCAUUGAAGUAUUAUUACUAAGACAUAAAGUGUACGUAAAACAAUGAUUGUAAACUCUUCGAUACCCAUUUAGGAUCCUCUUUGCUGAUAAUUACAGUUAUCAUAUUAAUUACAU